GUCCUUGUUCCGCCAUGUUGAUGAUCGUCGUGUUCUAUUGCAUGAGACCAGUUUACUAGAGGCCAGUGUUGCAGUGGCCGUGGUAACAGGAUGGUUGUGGCGUCGCUUUGCUCAAGGUUUAGUGAACAACAAAGCAUCAUACAAACUUUCAACAGAUAGACACACGUCCAUCCUGUGUAAGAUAUUAAACCAAAGAACAUGUGGAAGUUAUGGACGGCUGGGAGACUGCGUGUCUGUGUGGCGGUGCUUCUGUUCGUAACACUUGGUGGUGGUACAUUACCAGAACUGGAAUGCCCAGAAGACUGUGACUGCCAUUAUUUCCGAAUCAACUGGGUGACGGACUGUUCAGAGAGCAACUUCACAGAGAUUCCUCACGAAGGACUCAGUCAGAACGUCUACAUCCUUAAUAUGAACAGCAAUAAUGUCACAGCGGUGCAGCCUUUCCCUGAAGACAUCAAGUUGAGGCGUCUGCAGCUAGCAGACAACUUGCUGACUACGCUCAGUAAGGACUCGUUCGCAGGCCUCGCGUAUCUACUAGAUGCUGACUUUUCAGGGAACCAAAUCACCCACGUAGACACAGACGCUUUCAGGGACAGUCCAGGACUAAUUACUCUUGAACUCCAAGAGAAUCCUCUGGAGCCAGUUGAUGGACCUUUCCUAUCCUCAAGGUCCCUCAUGUACCUCGACCUGAGUGACUGUCAUUUGACCAGAUUGUCCACCCAGUUUUUCACCCUUUCUACAUCCCUCAACAAACUGGAUUUAUCUGGAAAUCCACUGGGAUCCAUCAAAGAAGGAAUAUUUGAUCCACUAACAAGCCUGGAGCAUUUGAAACUAAAUCGCUGUAACAUGACUCAUAUAGCUGAUACAGCUUUUAGGAAUGUGACAAACCUGAAGACACUGGAAUUGUCUGAGAAUCAUCUCACCACUGUGCAGUGGACAAGGGUUCUUGGCAGCCUGGAACUUCUAGAAUAUCUAGAUCUUAGAAAAUCUGCAUUGAAUAAUCUUCCUGGGGAUGCUUUUGUAAAGAAUAAUUGGCUCAGAAGUCUAGUCCUUGCUGAAAAUGAGCUUCGUGAUUUGGAUGUCGCAACAACAUUAGGUCAGAAUCUUCUUCAACUUGAUACACUGGACUUGUCAAACUGUCAUCUCAGGGGGCCUCUGUCAGAAGAUGCGUUUGCAAAUGCUACAAAACUUCGAACUUUAUUACUUUCUGGUAACUUUCUGUCAGCGUUGGAUUUAUCUGUGGCACUUGAACCACUGACACGUCUCCACAAGUUGUCGUUGAAGACCUGUGGACUCACACAUCUUCCUCCAAACACUUUUCAUCGUCUGACAGCCCUAGAAGAAUUGGACAUAUCAAGAAAUCCUUUGAAUGAUGCAUUUACUGGAAUUCUGUCACCUUUGGAGACUCUUCAAAUACUUGAUAUGAGUUACAGUAAUCUGUCUCAUAUAUCACGUGGUACAUUCUCAAAAAUGACGCAUUUACGACAGUUGAUGCUUUCUGGAAAUCACCUUACCGAUCUUGAGUCUGGAUUGUUCCAAAAUUUAACACAGUUGAGGACUCUAGAGCUGAAUGAUUGUGGGUUGAACCAUCCACCGGAGGAAGAUGUCUUUAGCACUGGCAUCUAUGAAGACUUCCAUGAACUACACUUAUCAGGGAAUCCUCUUGUCAUCACUGAAUCAGAGCCAUUACUUCCACGUCAGCUAUCUAAUGUACAGGUAUUAGAUAUAAGCAAGUGUAAUCUGCAAAAUUUACCAAAAGAUGCUUUCAAGAGCACCCCAAAAAUAACUAAGCUCAAGUUAUCGGGAAAUCACAUUGGUUCAGAAUCCAGAGACAUGGAAUUUGUUACGCAGUUGCCACAUCUUGAAUCUUUGGAUCUCAGUAACUGCAAUUUUAAUCGAUUAUCGCCAAAUGUUUUUUCAAAUAAUCCAAACCUUACAUCCCUUAAACUAAUGGGAAACCCUUGGAAAUGUGACUGCAGUAUACAUGAACUGUGGGAAUGGGCGUCUGUAACAAAAGGAAACUUGGCAAUUCUUGUUGGCUCUACCACUGCUCCAGAAGAUAUCAGUACUGGCAGUGGAAAACGCAAAAAGGGUUUAUUCUGUCAUUAUGAACUCAAUAGCUUCCCGUCACCAAAGACUCCUUCAAGAAUACGAACAAAAGACGUGCACGCAAGUAGGACUUGGGCAAAAUAUAUAAAGGAAUCAGACUGUGUAUCAAGAGGUGGUCCGAAAGCAGAGAGGUACGUGGCCGAUCGUGUCACUGAGGGAAAUACAAAUUUUUAUGUAGAAGAUUCACCACCUGCAUGGAUUGUCACGGUUGCCUGUGUAUCAGUUCUCAUCUUUCUCUCUGUGGCAGCUGGUACAGGUAUGGCAUUAUUGCUGAGAAGAGUGAAGAAGGAAAAUACCGGAAGAUAUUCAACAUCUACCACAUAUCUGGAGGAUAUGGAAAGUGUCAAAGAAGAGGACGUAAUGCCAAAACGGCGCAGGAACCAGAAGGUUGUUUAAAUUGUUUCACAUAUAAAAACUCUUAUGUAUUUAUCAUGAUGUCAUUAUCUGAUACUUCCAGAGAUCAUAAGGAUGCCAAUUCUUUACCACUAGUUACCUGUCGGAACCAUCACCC